UCACCAUGCGCACCGAAUGCCACACCGCCUAAACAAAGCCCGAAAAGAAAUCGGCCUCGUUUCGUUUGUCCCCUUGCCCCCCGGGUUUCCCGGCGAACAGUGACGCGCCACGACACAGGUGACUGUGUCAGCUGCCAAAACCUCAUCGCUCUGGUCUCCGGCCCACAGCUCACUCUCCCCUGUGAUCCUUCCCACUCAGUCGCUCAAAGCGAGGAGCCAGCCAACCCCUCCGCGACUUUUAGCGCCGUUCUCAAAGCCAAAGCACGACACCGCGCUAGCUAGCGCUCCUCGAUCGAUGCGACAAUGGCCUCGGUUAGCCGUCGCGUCCUGCUAGCGCUGCUGCUGCCCGUCCUCCUGCUCGCACCCCGGCGCGCGGCGGCGCUUCCCGCGGCCACGUUCCCGGGCGACAAGGCGGCGCUGGCGGCGCUCAAGUCCGCGGUGGCCGCGUCCUCCGUCCCACCCUACUCCUGCCUCGCGUCGUGGGACUUCUCCCGCGACCCCUGCGCGGCGUUUCCCUGCGGCAUCCGCUGCUUCUCCCCCGCCGCCAACGCCUCCCAACUCCGCGUCAUGGCCGUCGCGCUCGACCCCGCGGGGUACUCGGGCGCGCUCCCCGCGGUAGUCCUCUCCUCGCUGCCGUUCCUCGCGUCGCUGUCGCUCGCCGGCAACCGCUUCCACGGCGCGCUCCCGUCGGGGGUCCCGCUGCAGGCGAGCCUCCGCAUCCUCGACCUCUCCGGGAACGCCUUCUCCGGCGCGAUACCGGCGUCGCUCUUCACCGCCGCGUCGGGGCUCCAGGAGCUCUACCUCUCCCGCAACGGCUUCUCCGGCGGGGUACCGCCGCAGCUGGCGCUCCUGGGCGCCCUGUCGCGGCUGGAGCUGCAGCACAACGGCUUCACGGGGUCCCUGCCGAGCCUGGCCGCGAUGCGCUCGCUCUACCACCUCGACGUCAGCGGCAACGCGCUGUCGGGCCCGCUGCUCGCCGCGCCGGGCCUGCUGCCGCCGUCGCUCCUGUCCGUCGUGGCGCGCAACAACUCCUUCUCCGGGCCGCUCCGCGCCGCGGCGCUGGCCGCGCUCCCCGCCGUGCGGGUGAUGGACCUCACGGGCAAUGCGGUGUCCGGCGCGGUCCCGGGCGCCGCGCUCGCGCACCCGGCGCUGCAGCAGCUGCGCCUGGGGUCCAACCGGCUCGACGCCGUCGAGGCGGCGCCCGACGGCGGGUCCUCGAGCCAGCUCGUCGAGCUCGACCUCAGCGGCAACAGGCUCACCGGGCGGCUGCCGGGCUGCCUCGCCGCGAUGCCGCGGCUGGCGGCCGUCGCGCUCGAUCGUAACCGGUUCACCGGCGGCAUCCCCGACCGGUACGCCGCUCGCGUGGCGGCCCAGGAGGCCACCGACCAGUGGGUGCCGUUCGCCAGGCUGAUGCUGCAGGGGAACUAUCUCUGCGGAGCAUUGCCGAUGCAGCUGAGGCAGCUCAAGGAGGGCGGCGCAGUGGUGAGCUUGGCGGACAACUGCCUGCCCAGGUGUCCGCACAAGUUCUUCUUCUGCCAAGGGGCGCCACAGAAGGACCACGCCACGUGUCCUCCCAAGUGCGAGGCUUCGGUCCAUCGUCAGGACACUCUGCUGCGGAUGCCUUGACUGUAAAUCCUGCUAUACUACUUCCAGUGUUGUUGACUUACAUUUAUGAUCUCAUCCUGCAACUCUACUCGCUUGUACGGAUUACCCAAAUAACAAAAGAAGUGGUACAAGCUCUGCAGAUGAAUUGAAUGUGUUGUAAACCAA